UGUUCAGAGGACUAAAUGUAUGUGACUGGUGAAGACACCGAAUAUAAGUUAUUGGUGAACCUGUUUCAAUGAAGAAACUUGAUAUUUACAGCGACAAAAUACAAGAGUAAUGCUAGCGGAGUUUAGGAGCUUGAGACUCCACGAUUUGGAACAGCGCGCCUAACCUGGGAUCUGGAUGAGUCCGUGUUAAGUGGGAGAUUCUGUCGGCAUUUGAGUAGGAAGACGCUCUUUAAUGUCGAAUAGUAUGCAGCGAAAACUCUGGCAAUAAAUUAUUAACCAAUUUAUACCGUCAAAACAACGCUUGUUCCGCGGAGUUAUCAGUUUAUCGUUCAGCCAACCAGCAGCAAAAUAGCGAGCGCUGCCCUACGGUGUUAAAGGGACACCGCAGGUAUUGACCAAGUUGUUGUCGUGAUAUUUAAGGUUACCGUCACAUGCCAUUGUCGGACCUGGAUUGACUAAAUUGCCAUCAUGUCGUCCGGAGCGGAGAAGAGGCUGGACACCCGGCUGAAAAAGUUGGAAUCGCUGAUCAGAGACCCGAAGUCGGCGUUAAAUUUGGAGAGUUUACUGGAUUCCAUGAAUGCCUUGGCCCUGGAUUUGGACUACCCGGCGCUACGGAAAAACAAAAACAUAGACGCCUUCUUAAACAGAUAUGAGAAGGCCAUGGUUAAGAUGCGGGACCUGCAGUUGAAACUGGAGGACUUUGACAAGGUCAAGAUGAUCGGCAGAGGAGCCUAUGGAGAGGUGCAACUGGUCCGUCACAAGGCGUCUCAGAAGGUGUACGCCAUGAAACAGCUGAGCAAGUUUGAGAUGAUCAAACGCUCUGACUCCGCCUUCUUCUGGGAGGAGAGAGACAUCAUGGCCUUCUCCAACAGUCCCUGGGUCGUCCAGCUGUGCUGUGCUUUCCAAGAUGACCUCCACCUCUACAUGGUGAUGGAGUAUAUGCCUGGUGGAGAUCUGGUCACCCUGACCAUGAACUACGACAUGCCAGAGAAGUGGGUCCGUUUCUACACUGCCGAGGUGGUGCUGGCUCUAGAUGCAAUCCACUAUAUGGGUUUCAUCCACCGCGAUGUGAAACCGGACAACAUACUACUGGACCAAAAUGGCCACCUCAAGCUGGCUGACUUUGGCACCUGCAUGAAGAUGGACUCUACAGGCAUGGUCCACUGUGAAACAGCGGUGGGGACUCCGGACUACAUCUCUCCUGAGGUGCUCAAGUCCCAGGGGGGGGACGGCUACUACGGCCGCGAGUGUGACUGGUGGUCCGUGGGGGUGUUCAUCUUUGAGAUGCUGGUCGGCGACACCCCAUUUUAUGCCGAGUCACUAGUAGGAACAUAUGGGAAAAUCAUGGAUCACAAGAAUAACCUCAACUUCCCUGAUGAUGUGCAGAUGUCCAAUGAUGCCAAGGACCUCAUCUGUGCCUUCCUGUCUGACAGGGAGGUGCGUCUGGGGAGGAACGGCGUGGAGGAGAUCAAGAGACACCCCUUCUUCACGAACGACCAGUGGACCUUCGACACUAUCCGAGAGACCGUGGCCCCAGUAGUGCCGGAGUUGAGCAGUGACAUAGACACCAGUAACUUUGACGAGAUCGAGGAUGAAAAAGGUGACGUGGAGACCUUUCCCACACCAAAGGCCUUUGUGGGCAACCAGCUGCCAUUUGUGGGUUUCACCUACUUCAAGGAAGACCAAUUGCUAAGCGGUGUGAAUAAAGUGAUCUCUGUGGAGGACUGUGUGGAUAGCUGUGAGGAAAAACAGGACGGCAUCAAAGGAGAGUCAGAUCAGUUGCAGAAGAAGCUCCAUUGUCUUGAGGAGCAGCUCAACCAUGAGAUGCAGGCCAAAGACCACCUGGAAAACAAAUACAAGACUACAACUAGUCAUCUAGAGAAGCUGGUUAAAGAACUGGAGGAAGAGAUGAGCAGCAGGCAGAGAGUGGAGUCUUCUCUGAGGCAGCUGGAGAGAGAGAGGGCCCUGCUGCAGUACCAGAGUGCAGAGAACCUCCGCAAAGUGGAGCUGGAGGCGGACAGGAAACGCAGCCUGGAGAACGACCUGAACAGCCUGCGGGACCAGCUGGAAGAGCUGAAGAGGAGAAACCAGACCUCUCAGAUGUCCAGGGACAAGAACAUCCACCUGCAGAGACAGCUGGAUGAGGCGACAGCGGUGCUGGCAGAGGAGCAGGAGGCGGCGGGGCGUCUGCGGAGGAGCCAGGUGGAGGCCCAGAAGCAUGCCCAGGCCCUGGAGCUCAGCCUCAGGGAGCUGGUGGACAAGUGCACCCAGCUGGAGAACGCCAAGAUGGGCCUGGAGCAGCAGCUGAUGGGCCUUCAGGCCGACCUGGAGGCCGAGAGGAGGGACCACAGUCUGGGGACAGAGACUAUAGUUGACCUGCAGGGCCAUAUCCGGGGCCUGGAGGAGGAGGGGAAGCAGGUGAAGGGUUCUCUCUCUGGAACACAGGCAGAGAAGAGGCAGCUGCAGCAGAGACUCACUGACAUGGAGAAGGAGAAGAACAACCAGGAGAUUGACCUGACGUUCAAGCUCAAGUCGUUGCAACAGAGUUUUGACAUAGAGGAGGCCGAGCACAAGGCCACCAAGACACGCCUUGCUGACAAGAACCAGGUCUAUAAGUCCAUUGAGGAGGCCAAGUCUGAGGCCCUGAAAGGGAUGGAGCGGACGCUGCAGGAGGAGCGUAGCGCCAAGCUGCAGCUGGAGUCCAGACUGCUGCAGCUGGAGAAGGAACACUCCAUGCUGGACUGUGACUACAAGCAGGCCCAACACAAAGUGGAUGAGCUGAACACGCACAAGGACAAACUCGCCGAGGAGGUGAAGAACCUGAGCCUGGGCAUGGAGCAGGAGGAGCAGAAGCGCAGGCUGAGCAAGAACGACCUGAAGGCCCAGACCCAGCAGGUGACCGCCCUGCGCUCCUCAGAGAAGCAGCUGAAGCAGGAGCUCAACCACCUGCUAGACAUGAAGCAGAACCUGGAGAAACAGUACCAGGAGCUACGCAGGGAGAGACAGGAGGCUGAAGGACAGCUGAAGGAGUUGAAGGACCAGCUGGAGGCGGAGCAGUAUUUCACGACCCUGUACAAGACCCAGAACCGGGAGCUGAAGGAGGAGUGUGAUGAGAGGAACAAGCUGUAUAAGGACAUUCAGCAGAGACUGGAGGAGUACCAGGAGGAGAGGGAUUCCCUGGCGGCCCAGCUGGAAGUGAGCCUGACCAAGGCGGACUCGGAGCAGCUGGCGCGCUCCAUCGCCGAAGAGCAGUACUCUGAUCUGGAGAAGGAGAAGAUCAUGAAGGAGCUGGAGGUGAAGGACAUGACGGCCAGACACAGGCAGGAGCUAGGAGACAAGGAGGCUACCAUCGGCUCGCUGGAGGAGUCCAACCGCACCCUGACAGUGGACGUGGCCAACCUGGCCAAUGAGAAGGAGGAGCUUAAUAACCAACUGAAGGAGAUGCAGCAACAGCUGCAGAAGGCCAGAGAGGAGGAGAGACAGAUGAACUGUGUGAAGAUGUCCUUCGAGAAGCAGCUGCAGACAGAGAGAACGCUCAAGAUUCAGGCGAUCAACAAGCUGGCCGAGAUCAUGAACCGCAGGGAGACGUUGCGUACGGGUCACAACCGCGACGACACGCUGGACGUGCGCAGGAAGGAGAAGGAGAACAGGAAGCUGCAGCUGGAGCUGAGGUCAGAGAAGGAGAAACUCAACUCCACCAUCAUCAAGUACCAGAAAGAGAUCAACGACAUGCAGGCGGUGAUAUCGGACGAGAGCCAGGUGCACAUCGAGCUGCAGAUGGCCUUGGACAGUAAGGACAGUGACAUCGAGCAGCUGCGCUGUCAGCUGACCUCUCUGAGCGUCACCUCCAUGGACUCCACCAGUAUCAGCAGUGGUAACGACCUGGACAUGGACGACAGCGGUUACCCAGAUACCAGGCUGGAGGGCUGGCUGUCACUUCCUGCCAAGAAUACCAAGAGGUUUGGAUGGGAUAGAAAGUAUGUGGUAGUGAGCAGUAAGAAGAUUCUGUUCUACAACAGUGAGAUGGACCGAGAGCAGUCCAACCCCUUCAUGAUCCUAGACAUCGAUAAGCUGUUCCACAUCCGACCGGUCACUCAGACAGACGUGUACCGCGCUGACAUCAAAGAAAUCCCCCGGAUAUUCCAGAUUCUGUACGCCAACGAGGGCGAGAGCAAGCGGGAGCAAGAGUUUGCGGCGGAUCCCCUGACGCUGACAGGCGAGCGCUCGUCCUUCGUCAGGCACAAGGGUCACGAGUUCAUUCCCACGUUCUACCACCUGCCGUCGAGCUGCGAGGCGUGCACGCGGCCCCUGUGGAACGUGUUCAAGCCGCCGCCCGCGCUGGAGUGCCGCCGCUGCCACACCAAAUGCCACAAGGACCACCUAGACCGGAAGGAGGAGGUCAUCGCCCCCUGCAGGGUAAACUAUGACAUGUCCACGGCCAAAGACCUGCUCCUAUUGGCCGGCUCUCAGACAGAGCAGAAGAGAUGGGUCAGCCAGCUAAUCAAACGCAUCCCCCGGAAACACCCCACCCCUAGCCCCGCCCCCACUGCAGCCUCCGCUGCCCAAGCCCCCGAGCCACCCUCUCGCUCCUCCCCACAAGCCUCCCCACAAGCCUCCCCCCGCAAUAUCCCACAACGCUCCCCCCCCCGCAACUCCCCUAGCCUUUCCUACCGUGGAGCCAUCAAGGUCCAGCCCAGCCGCCAGAAGACUCAGCUUGAAGGGAAGCCCAGUGCUGGCCCCAUGCUCAGAAUCAUCCUCCACUGACACUUGACUCCUCACCUUUGACCCUCCAUCAUACUAGUGCUAAUCACUCUGCUAGACUUUUACCUCUAUGAUACAAAGAUGUGCUGAAUCCUCUCACAUCAUGUGGACUUUGACUGGAGCCUGAACACAGUGGAACCUAUACAUCUACUUUGCCUUUUCAGAGACAAAGGCAGUGUCUCAAAUGGGGCCCUAUUCCCUACAUAGUGCACAACUUUUGACCAGGGCCCAUAUGGUUCUGGUCAAAAGUAGUUGCACUAUAUAGGGAAUAAGGUGUCAUUUUGGAUGCAACCAAAGACUGCAAAACGCCAGAUAUUUUAGGAAAGAGGGUCAGGUUAACGUUGCAUUCAUGUAAGGACUGCAGUCGGACUUGCAUAUGUCUCAGUAAACCAAAUGGUUUCACCUUCUGCCUUCUACAGUAUAGCCUGGUCCUAGCCUUCUACAGUAUAGCCUGGUCCUAGAUCCGUUUGUGCUGUCUUGCCAACUCCAUUGCUGUGCUGUUGUCAUGCCAAUGGCAAGACGGCACAAACAGAUCUGGCACCAGGCUUCAUACACUGCAUGUCACAGCAAGUUUGAACAAUUCCAUGAUUUCAUGGAUCGAGAAAAUGAAAUACUUUGCAGGUCGCUCUAAAACUGCCUUAUUUUAUAAAUGUCAUGAUGAAAUACAUACAGACCUAGCCAUAUAUUUGCCUGUGUCUUUACAUGCCUGGGUGAUCCUCAUAAGCUAUAUAAUUAGAUGGGUCUGUAUUAGGUAUGUGUGUAUAUAGGAAUACGUGUUCUGUCAGUGUAUUAUUGCCACAAAGAUACAGUACCAGUCAAAAGUUUGGACACCUACUUAUUCAAGGGUUUUAAUUUAUUUUUACUA